AAGUUCUUUGGCAAUAUAUAUUAAACCUAAAAAUGCUCUUAAAUUCGAUUUAAUUCAUCCUCCACGAUCUGAUCGCGUAAAUUCUUCUAUUAUUAAUCUUAAACAUGUUGCAAUGAUCGCUAGUUGGGUGGAUCGUAAACCUCAAGGCUACAGUUUUGAUGGUCAGGAUAAACCUAUACUUAGCAGGGUUCGAGCGAAUCAUAUUGAUAAUGCUAUUUAUAUUUAUCCAAGUUAUGGUCCUCAAUGGGGUCAAAAUGAUUUGAAAACUUGGGGAAGUUUUAAUGCAGAUUGUUGUCAGUGUCUACGUCAAAGAUAUGAAUUCCCAAUUAGAUCGAGUCCUGAUGUGUUUUCAGCUGAAGAAUUUGAG